AUGGCAGAAAAAACUCUAGAAUCUCUUGCCUCCUCGAUUCAGCAGUUGGCAUCCGAAGUUCAAAAUGCUCGGCAAAAGGGCAAUGAAGAUCUUGAGGCCUUCGACAAACUUAUCGACGCAUUAGAUGAUAUGAGAGCGGACCUCGUGGGCCCUAUGAGAUGGCCUGGGACACUUUUCGCUCCUCCUGACUACGGAGCUCUUCAGACUGCCUUUCUUCAUGAUGUCUUUCAACAUGUCCCGACCAGUGGUAAUGAUACUGCAAGUGCUUCGAUUCAUGUUAGAGAUUUAUCUAAAUUGGUUAAAAUCCCUGCAGAUAUUCUACUCCGUAUCAUGCGUCUUCUCGUCGUCAAUAAAAUGUUCCUGGAAAUAAACGAAAAGGUUUUCAUUCAUACACCAUUAUCAGCAGGUAUGGCGGAUGAAAUGGUCUCUGCUCGUCUUGGGGGUAUUUUCAAUGGUGUUUUCAAGGCAUCCUCAAGUUUAUCUGAAGCCAUCGAUGCAGGGAAGAGAAGUGCAUGGGAAGUCAGAUUCGGAAUGCCGAUGUAUGAAUACUUUGAGAAGAUUCCAAAGUCCGACAGAGAUCGCAUGGCCAAGUCAAUGGCGGUUUCUUCCAUCAAGGAAAUGGAAGAUCUUUCGGUUAUCUUCCCAUGGGAAAAAUUCAAUAAGAUUGUCGAUAUUGGUGGCAGUGCGGGACAUUUGAUGGCAAAUUUGACAAAGAGAUUUCCACACCUCCAAACAGUCAGUCAAGAUCUCCCUGAAGUGACUGCCGAUCAAAUCCGGCGGGUAGCAGAUCUCCCCCUUUCUGAAAAGGCCAUCUACGAUCGCGUCGAGUUCGAAUCUCACGAUUACUACAAACCUCAAACGCGAAAAGAUGCCGAUGCUUUUAUUCUACGACGCUGUCUGCACAAUAACCCAGAUGAUGACUGUAUUAAGAUGUUAAGAGCUGUUGUCCCUGGUCUCGAGCAUAAUCCUAAAGCAAGGUUGUUGAUCAAUGAGAAAUUAAUGCCGGCGUGGAAUAGCAGUGAUACAAGAUAUAAGACAAAGAUGCUAAGAAGAGAAGAUAUUACCAUGAUGAUUAGUGUAGGAGGGAAAGAGAGAACUUUAGAGGAAUUUGGGGGGCUGGUUAAGGCGGCUGAUAAGAGGCUUGAAAUUUCGGAGGUCUAUUAUGGGAAGAAUCACUUUUCUGUCAUUUCAGUGAGGCUUGCGAAGUAG